AUGGCGUUUAUUAAAGAGGAGAGUGAAGAUGUGAAGAUUGAAGAAACAUUCACAGUCAAACAGGAAGAUCCACAGGAACAAACAGACCUGAUGGUGCUGAAAGAAGAGACCCAUCAAUGGAAUAAAAUGGAAGAGCAACACCAAGAAAUAACAGCUGAUGAAAAACCCACACUGACGGCAAAGACUUCAUGCAGCAGUCAGAAAUCCAAAUCUGAGUGUAAUUUCAGAAGUAAACAGUGUAGAAAGAGUUUCAUUCAAAAGCUUAACCUUGGUGAUCACAUGAGAGUUCACAUUAGGGAGAAACCUUACACUUGUGAACAGUGUGGAAGGAGCUUUGGUCAAAAAAAAAGCUUAAAAACCCACAUGAGAAUUCACACUGGAGAGAGGCCGUUCACAUGCCAACAGUGUGAACAAACCUUCUAUCAUGCAGGAAACUUUGCAGUGCACAUGAGAAUUCACACUGGAGAGAGGCCCUACACGUGCCAACAGUGUGGAAAGAGUUUUAAGCAAAGUGGCAACCUUAAAGGCCACAUGAGAAUUCACAGUGGAGGAAAAAAAAUUACUUGCACACAGUGUGGGAAAAGUUUGGCUCGGAAACAAGAGCUUGAGAUCCACAUGAGGAUUCACACUGGAGAGAAACCUUACAUAUGCUCAGAGUGUGGUAAAAGUUUUACAUGUAAAAGCUCACUCAAUAACCACAUAAAAACUCACACCGGAGAGAAGCCAUUUGCAUGUGCUCAGUGUGGAAAGAGCUUCACAACCAAAGCUAGCCUCAAGAACCACACGAAUGGUCACACUGGAACCAUAGUGUUCACAUGUGAUCAGUGUGGAAAGAGUCUCACACGCAAAGAUGCUAUUAAGCAACACAUGAAAACUCACUCAAGAGAGGAUGGUUUUAGAUGCAAAGAAUGUGGAAAGGGCUUUAAAUAUAAAAGAAGCCUCAACACUCACAUGAAGCUUCACAAUGGAGAGCAGAGUCCUCAAAAUUGAGCCUUUGUCCAGCGGAGCUUAGGGCUCUCUCCCGGGACAGCAUGCCAAACAAGUGUGAA